CCAUCACUAUGGAUAUGUCGUGUUGGGACUGAUUUCUCUCAAGUGUUCGGCCGAGUGGAACGCUCUAGUGGUUCUCGGAUUUCCCAUCGGGUUGUAAUGUACAGUGCCGCGAACUUAGAGUACAUGCUUCUCUUUGUUGUUAACCUAUAUUUAAACCACGGUGUUUGUUCAACCUACAAUUUUCGACCAUUGAAGUCAUUGUUUUAAUUUUAAAACUUUGUUACUCUUAAUGGCUACGGUGACCGCAAUUUCUCUAAACAAACACACGCCUGAAUUAGUUGUGCUUCAUCGGUGACCUUUUUGUGCACACAAUUGUUCACCGAUACCCAAAUUAAUUCCUAGCGCGUUUCGCUCGUCCGGUGUUGACGGUGAUACGGUCGUUGGGUCCGCGAUAUGAGUAGUCUUUGCGCGACAACCAGUGAUUCUGUUCGCUCGCCACUUUAGUUCGUAGCAAGUGUAUACUAUCAUUUAAUCAAAUAAUAAAUUAUUCAGCUAAUUAUUGAUUUUAUCAGUUCACGGUGAUAAGACACGCGGUUGUUUGGUGUUAUGUGUCAGUACGCGGUUGAUAUCGGUGUUAUGAGGUGAAUUGUGAUUUAUAAUUGGUGUGUGUGUGAUCGCUGUUUAAUGAUGUGGAGUACAGCAGUGCCCAGUCCGACGCAUUACCAUUACGCUCAAGGGCCGCCCGGUCCUGCGCAACAGCGGGGUCCGGCCGGGCCUGUACUAUCCGGACCCAGCGCGAGAUACUUCCGGCCGCAGUCGUCAUACUCGCUGCCGCACGCGACCAGCGGCCCGGGUCGUCGGGGCUGGACCGGUACCAAUGUGUCUUCGUUUGAUCGGAGACAGGUGAAAGUUCCACCGCAACCCGCCCGCCCGGCACCACACCGACCUUCGCAAAAUCGCAAUAACGUCUCGAAUAAGGUCGACCCGGAGCUAAUCUUCACGAAACAAGAGAAGAUUGGCAAGGGUUCCUUCGGCGAGGUAUUCAAGGGCGUCGACAACCGGACGCAGCAAGUGGUCGCCAUCAAAAUAAUCGACCUCGAGGAAGCGGAAGAUGAAAUUGAGGACAUACAGCAGGAGAUCAUGGUGCUGUCCCAAUGUGACAGUCCAUACGUCACCAAAUAUUACGGAUCAUAUUUAAAGGGAACGAAGCUAUGGAUCAUAAUGGAGUACCUGGGCGGAGGGUCGGCGCUCGACCUGAUGAAGGCGGGCAACUUCGAGGAGAUGCACAUCGCGGUGAUCCUGCGGGAGGUGCUGCGGGGGCUGGACUACCUGCACUCGGAGCGGAAGCUGCACCGGGACAUCAAGGCGGCUAACGUGCUGCUCAGCGAAAUGGGCGACGUCAAGCUCGCAGACUUUGGUGUCGCGGGGCAGCUCACCAACACGACCAGCAAACGGAACACGUUCGUGGGUACGCCGUUCUGGAUGGCGCCCGAGGUCAUCAAACAGUCGUGCUACGACAGCAAGGCCGACAUCUGGUCGCUCGGGAUCACCGCCAUCGAACUGGCCAAGGGCGAGCCGCCCAACUCCGAGCUCCACCCCAUGAGGGUGCUGUUCCUGAUACCCAAGAACAACCCCCCGCAAUUGACCGGCAGUUACUCGAAGCCUUUCAAAGAGUUCGUCGAGGCGUGUCUCAAUAAGGACCCGGAAAAUAGACCGACGGCAAAGGAGCUUUUGAAAUUCCAGUUUAUAAGAAAGGCCAAAAAGAAUUCGUAUUUAAUGGAUCUUAUAGAUAGGUAUAAGAAAUGGAAAGCGCAGCGGAGCGAAGAGAGCGAAACGGAAUCUGAGAACUCGGAUUCCGAGGAGCUGAGCCGCGGCGACAGCUCGGCCGACGAGCCGUGGAUCAUGACGGUGCGGGGCGGGGCGCGGGGACUCUCGCUCGCGCCGGCCGCCGACAGAGAACCAAUAGCUAUUCCGUCUCCCACAUCGCUGACUCCCAAACAAAACGGCUCGCUCACCUCUCGCGUCGACUCCUCACCCACGGAGCCCGACCCGCCCCUGAACAACAACACACAUGAGAAACAGCCGACGAGACAGUCGCCUAUUGUAUCAACGCCCAUUGAGCAGAGAAGUACAAAAGAGAGGGACAGGGAGCGGGAGAGAGAAAGGGACAGAGAAAGAGUGGAGCGAGACAGGGAGGAGAGGAAAGAGAGAAAUGAGCACGCUUCGAAUAGGGAUAGCGUUGUUUAUAAUAAACCUGCGUCACCGCUUGACCACAGAGGAGCCAACAACGAUGAGAACAAAGUGAGACGUCACGCCUAUCUACAACAACUAAUAUAUCCACUGCUAAAUGAGCUGUCCCGCAAGCACGGCGCGGGCGCGGCGGCCGCCAUCGAGGACGUGCGGCGAGCGUUCGAGUCGGCCGAGCGGGGCGCGCCGCACAUCACGAGGGCCUUCGUGCAGCAGGUCGUGCAGAGAGUCGCCACCCAGUCGCACGCGAGCCCCGCGCCCCCCACACACUCGCACCACUGGACCAGGUAGAAAUAUGUAAGCUGCCUGUCAUCGGAGACGACAUAAUCGUUGUGUUCUCGCUUUCUGCCGCGGCUAGCAUCAUAUGUUGUGCACUUGUCUAAAACUAAACCUAUUGUAUCCUAAUGAUAAAGACUAACUUGUAGAGUUCAUUUUAAAAUUUUGUUGUUAAAUCUAUAAGUACUCACUACUAGUAGAGCGUGGUAAAUUUAUAUAAUUUUUGUUUGAUCGGGAGGGAACACGUCUCGAUUCGGCGCUUCCCUCUCUCAAAUAACAUUCGCAUUUUAUUAUUAUUCCUAACAGAUGAUUCGUUGUAAUUUUAAGUUAACAUUAAGACUCAUUGGCACAAGAGUUAUGUUUGUUCAUUUCAGCGUAUUGAAAUCGCGAAGUUAUUGUACCGAUCUGUGUUCAAUAUUAAUUACUGGGCGGUAGACAUUGAAUUUAAUAUUCUUUGUGGGAUUUCAUAAUUUAUGUGUGAACCGCCAACGCUUUUGUAACUCUCGGGCGAAUGAGAGCUUAAAUGUAAAUAAUAAAUUGAGAUGUUUCACAUCUGCCGGGCUGUAGUAGUGCCACACUUGUUUGUUUAUUAUUUAUUUAAAAUUAUUUUAUCUUUUCCAAACAUGUCUUCCUAAUAAGCAAUAUGGUAUAAUUGUGCAGCCGUGGAACGAGUCACAAAAUUUCCAAUGCCAUAGAAAAAUAACGUAAAACAAUACUUAAGAUACUUUCAAUAAUUUAUGUAAAUAUCAUUAUUAGCUGCUAUACUUUCUUCACUGAGUGCGUUUUCGUAUAACUCGGAUUAUAAGUUUUUCAUUUUUCACAGUUUUAAACCAUCCAUUUAUUUGUGUUUCUCGUCUCAUCCAUUUUUCUAUUUUCGUGGUUCUCUUCCGCGUUUUAUCUCGCCAUAAAUGUAAUCCUAUAAGGGAUAAGAAUGGACAUACAUUUUUAUCGGGUUUUUUUUUCGAAAAUUUUAUGAAAAUUCUACGUCACGCGGACAAUUUUCAUUGUUGUAUUUUCGAUAGUGUUUCCUAGUGUCAUUCCAGACAAAAGACAGAGUUGUCGGCAUUUAUAGAUUUAUUUGUUUUCAUGUUUUUUCUCCUUUAGUUUGAAUUCAUCAUCUCUUCAUGAAUCAACGUAGAGGUGCACUGUGCUCUUUUUUUUAUUGUUAUUAAUUAUUUUUUCAUAGUUUACUUUGGAAUAGUGUUCUUAGAUGUUACUUAGAGAAAUAUCCGAUGUUUGCUCUGUAUAAUGGCAGCAGUUGUUGCGAAAUGUUAAUUUUUGUUUUUAAUCACCAAACGAGUAGGUUAUUUUCGAGUAUUGUGACAUCAAGGACCAUUCAGUGUCUGUGUAAUUGCACCUAAGCGACAAUAUUUAGCUGUUCGGACUAUAGAUUAUAUAUUAAUAAAGACUAUGAAAAAAAAACAAUUAUUAUCGCUGUGUAUAAAAUAUGUAAACCAUAAUAUAAAUGUGUAAAUUGUGUAGUAUAUAAAGAGAAGCUGUUUUAUGAAGUGUUCUUAUAAGCGUACGGGGAUAGGAUAUUAGAGAUAUCGUCGGGGACGGCAAUACGAUUGUCGGAUCGGAUCGAACAUUCGAUCGGACUGUCGUAUUGUUUUUGUAUAUUCUCGACGCGAAACGUUGCGUGAAAUGGAUUUGUGUACACUUCUCAAGUUACCAAAUAUUUUAAUUAAUACAAAUAUAGUUAACAGUCGAUGAAAAUCUUGUCAUGAUUAUCAUCAUCAUCACUGUUUCAAUUGUGACGAUAUAAAUCAUUGGUCAGAUUCAUAUGAACGCGUAAAAUUAUUUAAACUGUAAGGACAGUAAUGGAGGGUAGUUGUAACACAGAUUUGUUUCGCGCGGCGCACGCCUUGUAUUUUGUUUUGCCACGUGUGUUGUUGCGGAGGAUGUUAUGUUUAUUCGAAUGGAGAAUGUAAUCAGAAAAUUAUUUUUCCACUUGGUAUUAAAGCGUGUAGUGUUAGUGAUGGGCGAGUUGUUGAUUAUUGAUUAAAAUUAGGUGUUUUCGGAUAGUUGUGACGUCAUAGCGCCUACCGACCAAUCAGCGCGCUGUUCCUGUGUUUGUUGUCUCUGUCGCACUCUUGUUGUUAAUGUGACUAGCUUCCGAUAAAUAUCUUUAAAAAUGAAACCAUGACCUACUUCUGAGUUAUAAUUGUGAUUUUUGAAGUAUGGCAAGUUUUAAAAAAUAUUAUUUAAUGUGAACUAGUUACAGGUGUGUGACAGAGACAUAAUAAACCCCACUCGUAUUGUAUUGUUGUCUUUUAUAGUUCAGUGGUUUUUCUCAAAUGCUACCUGAUUUCUUAAUACAAUAGAAUCAGGACA